AUAUCACAAUAUAUAUAUUAUCCCGCAGAAGCAUGAAUAGACUUACCAACCCAGCACACUGUCAAGCGUUAAUCUCCCAAUUAACGUUGCAGGCUUACCAAGCUUCCUCCAUGGCAUCUUCCUCCCAAAAUACUUUUCUUCUGCACAAUCAAAGCAGGCUGUUCGACGCUAAAAUGCUUUCCUCCCUUCAUUCUCUGCAACUUCCAUCACCUGCCAGGACCAAACGUCUAACGCAUCGCGGCUCAUCCGUCCGUCCCAUCGUCGCUUCUUCGACUGAUGUGCCUUUAACUACCACAACAGAUCCUCCACCAACGGCAUCGCCGGCGCCGAAGCUCCCGCUCAGAAAAAUCCCAGGAGACUACGGCCUGCCCUUUAUAGGCCCAAUAAAGGACCGACUCGAUUACUUCUAUAACCAAGGCCGUGACAAAUACUUCAGCUCUCGAGUUCUCAACUACCAGUCAACCGUGUUUCGAGCCAACAUGCCACCCGCUUACUUCAUCGCCUCCAAUCCUAACGUCAUUGUCCUCCUCGACGGCAAGAGCUUUCCCGUGCUGUUCGACGUUUCCAAGGUCGAGAAGAAAGACCUCUUCACCGGCACUUACAUGCCCUCCACCCAGCUAACCGGCGGUUACCGAAUCCUUUCCUAUCUCGACCCCUCCGAGCCUAAGCAUGCAAAGCUGAAGCAACUUCUUUUCUUCCUGCUCCAGUCUUCCCGCUACAGGGUCAUUCCUGAGUUCCAUACAGCUUUCACUGAGCUUUUCGAGACUCUGGAGAGCCAGAUUGCCGCAAAGGGCAAAGAAGGUUUCGGCGACAUUAACGACCAGGCCUGCUUCAAUUUCCUCGCGCGGGCGUUCUACGAGGCCAACCCGCCCGAGUCAAAACUCGGUACAGACGGGCCUAGCUUGGUGGCUAAAUGGGUGAUUUUCCAUCUAGGCCCAAUUCUCACUCUGGGCUUGCCGAAACUUCUGGAGGAACUCUUACUUCAUACCUUCAGUCUGCCGCCAAUUCUCAUCAAGUCCGAUUACCAGAGGCUCUACGACUUCUUCCACGGGGCGUCCGGUCGGAUCCUGGAUGAAGCGAAGAAGAUGGGAAUCGAGAGGGAGGAGGCUUGCCAUAACCUCCUUUUCGCCACAUGCUUUAAUUCCUUCGGUGGAAUGAAAAUCCUGUUCCCCAGUUUGGUCAAGUAUAUCGGUGGCGCUGGGUCGGCUCUGCAUGAGAAACUGGCGGAAGAGGUCAGGUCCGCUAUACGCUCUAACGGAGGGAAGGUGACGAUGGCGGCAAUGGAGCAGAUGCCGUUGAUGAAGUCGGUGGUGUACGAGGCGUUGAGAAUUGAUCCACCGGUUCCAUUUCAGUAUGGGAGGGCAAAGAGGGACCUGGUGAUCGAGAGCCACGAUGCGACAUUCGAGGUAAAGAAGGGAGAGAUGUUGUUUGGCUUCCAGCCGUUCGCGACAAAAGACCCCGAGAUCUUCGACAGACCGGAAGAGUUCGUACCCGACCGGUUCGUCGGGGAAGGAGAAAAGUUGUUGAAGCACGUAAUAUGGUCGAACGGACCGGAGACGGAGAGUCCGACGGUGGAGAAUAAGCAGUGCGCUGGGAAGGAUUUCGUAGUCUGGGUGUCUAGGCUGUUUGUAGUAGAACUAUUUCAACGUUACGAUUCAUUUGAAAUCGAGGUAGGGACUUCAGCUUUAGGUUCUUCUGUUACUUUCACGUCAGUGAAGAAGGCAAGUUUCGAGUGAGCAGUAGCAGUACUAUACCAUUGCUAUUAGAUUCUGGCGAUGGCCCGUGAUAUUUAUUUUUUAUCAAUUAAUAUUUAUGCACAAGUGAAUUCACCAUGAUACUGGUUGGUUUAUCGGUGGAAAUGACAAUUUGACCCGUACUCAUGUUUGGGGUGCGUUUUUUUUACCACUAUCGUGCUUUGGGGAAAUAAAUAAGAGAAUGUAUAUGUUUGGUUAAUGGGAGUUUUCUA